GGCCCCGGAGCAUGGCUCGAGGGUUACUCUCAGGACAACCGCCGAUCCUAAUACCGUAGCACCUACGUACCUUUUAGUGUGACUACUUUCGUCAAAUAUCACGUCAGUCUUACACUUUCCUUUCCAUCUCAACCGCCACGCUGCUACCUAGCCAAUUUGUACCAUUAACUCCUUCUUCUUCUCGUCUUCUUAUAUUUACCGCCUUUACUCGACAAUCAAUUUUCUGCUAUCUCCUUCCUCAACCACAAUGCCAAGCUCCAAACGCCAAAGAGUAUCGGAUGACGACCCCCUCGCUCGCGCAAUUGCACCGCCUCUAUACGAAACACCUGCAGAACGGGAGCACCGACUUGCAACGGAGCAAGAAGCAAAGCGUGUUUCCGAUGCCAUUGAUGAGGAACUCAAUAGGCAACGUAUCUCAGAGAAGAAGGGUCCUAAAGCGAUCAAGAUACUACUCUUAGGUCAGAGCGAAUCUGGCAAAUCGACCACACUGAAAAACUUUCAACUCAUGAACUCUCCUAAAGCCUUUCGCUCAGAGCGUGCUUCAUGGAGAGCCGUAAUUCAACUCAAUGUCGUUCAGUCGAUCCACGCCAUUUUGGACCUAAUGUCCAAGGCACAUUCAUCAGCACACAGCCCUUCCACUUCAUCAAAUCACAUGACAAGACCCAAUACACCCACCAAAGAAUAUCCCCCACUUAACCCAGAACACUUGAAGCUUAAGAUGCGCCUAGCCCCAUUACUACAAGUCGAGGCCGCUUUAAUGAAGAAGCUUCUUCCCCAUGGCCACGUCCAGCUCUCCAGAUUAGCUAAUCCUACCCAAUCCCUCCCUCUUCAACAGGAAAUCAGCGUCAACUCUUCUACAGGCUGGAAGAGCACCUUCAAUCGUCUAAUAGGUCGUGAUAGUUGUGACAGUGAAAAUCUAGUCGACUGGUCCGACCCCGACGAUCCUGGCGUCGUUCUAAACGCUUGUGCAGACGACAUGAAACGCCUUUGGGCAGAUCCUAUUGUUAAGAAAUUAAUGGAGGUCGAGAAAAUGAGGCCCGAAGAGAUGGCUGGUUUCUUCCUUGAUGCGCUGGAUCGCGUGACUUCACCGCGGUACAUACCCACGGAUGAUGAUGUUCUGCGUGCGCGGCUAAAGACACUGGGGGUCUCAGAGCAUCGUUUUACUAUGAAAACAGGUCCAUUGGGAUCACCCAUGAGUCAUGACUGGCGCGUGUUCGAUGUUGGCGGCCAGAGGUCAUUGCGAGCCGCAUGGGUUCCAUACUUUGAUGAUAUGAAUGCCAUCAUCUUCCUGGCACCCAUAAGCUGCUUUGACCAAGUUCUCCAAGAAGACCCUUCCGUAAAUAGAUUGGCCGAUUCUUUCCUACUCUGGAAGGCCAUCGUGUCUAACCCGCUGUUGAAGAAGACAGAAAUGAUCCUUUUCUUAAAUAAAUGCGACAUCCUUCGUGCGAAGCUCGCGUCAGGUAUUCGAUUGGCGGAUUACAUCGUCAGCUACGGGAGCCGACCGAAUGACUUUGAAAGCGCUAGCCAAUAUCUCAAGAAGAAAUUCGCUGCUCUGUUAAGAGAGCAUUCUCCUGAGCGAGUGUAUUACUUUCAUCUUACAUCUGUAACUGACACAAAAGCGACGACAUACAUCCUCGAGAACGUGCAAGACGUCCUCGUUCGCGAUAAUCUGAAAAGAAGCGCACUCGUAACAUGAUAUCCGACUACCCUUCGCGUAUUCUUGCUCGUCAAGACCUGACUGAACGCCAGACACCUUGCACGGAACUCUUGCGACACCCGCCGCCCACCUAUCCACGUGGCAAUCCAUGUUGUAUCAUCAGCCGUCGUUACCCUCGGCUUUAUCUGUCGCAAAUGCACUUAUACCUCAUGGACACUUUUAGAUUCGCGCCGUCCUACUCGCUACUGUGCAGCCUGUAGUUCUCUCUUUCUUCUGGGUGAUAGUGCGGGGAAUAUUAGUGCAGGACGCUGUACACCCGCUCGCUCGUUAUGCAUACGUGUAGCUGUUCAUAAGUAUUAUCAUUAUCGUACAUCCAUUGUGGGCGUUUAUUGUGAAUUGGACUGAUAACUACGAAUACAUUCAAAAUACACCUAGACUUUGUGGCAUGGACUCAAAUGGGAUGUAUUGCGCUCCUGAAGCAGCCCA